CGGCAGCGCUCACUGCGCAUGCGCGCACAAUCCCAAACAUGCCCGCUGACUGACAGCCGAAAGCGAAUCAGUUGAAGCAGUAUGGGCAGAUAGUUUCUAUCUUUCCAUCUGUGUUUGUGAUCGGGUCAGUGGUCAUGGCGGUGGAUUGCGGCGUGUUCGUGGACUGGUCUCAGUUGGCCAAUGUGUCUCGUGAUGUGGCUCCCAGUAAGACCGAAUAUAAAGACUUUAAAGAGCUGAAACAGCACGCCCGCUCGGGCCACUGGGCAAAAAAUCACGCUCAGCGAGCUGCUGUUUACCAGCAGCUCCUCAAAGCUCUCCCUUGCCGCACAGUCACCCCAGACGCUGAAGUCUACCGGGACAUCGUAGGGAAUUCCAACAGCAAGCGAAACCCAUCCGCCUACCCUCUGCCGGAGUUUGUGGACGGGGCAGCUGUGCCCGGUUACUGUCUGAAAGCGGAAUCGGUCGGCUCGGUGCACGCCGUCAUUUCCUGCAUAGCAGGGCAGUUUCCGGACAUCUCGUACUGCCCGUCGUUGCCGGCGGUGACGGCACUGCUGAUGCAUUGGAGCGCAGACGAAGCGCAGUGCUUUGAGGACGUCAGUCGCAUGCUGGCCUGCAACGAACCUGGGCGACGUUUGAUAGACCAGACUUUCCUUGCAUAUCAGUCGGCCUGCAUGACCUUUGGCGACCUCAUGCACAAGUACUGCCCCGCUGCGCAUAAGCUGAUCAUCGCCACGGCGACAGACGUGCUGGAGGUGUACUCUGAUUGGCAGAGAUGGGUUUUGGGUGAUCUUCCUUGUAGCUACGCUGCCCGUGUACUAGAUGUGUUUUUGGUGGAGGGCUACAAAGUUCUCUACCGGGUCGCGCUGGCCAUUCUGAAGUUCUACCGGAAGCAGUGGGCGGCAAACGGCUCGACCGUAACCAAGCAGGAUUCUGCAGGGGUCAGAGGUGAUAUCCAGGCGUUUGUGCAGAACAUCGGCAAAUGCGUGACGGCAGACAAACUGAUGGACAAAGCGUUCUCCAUACGCCUGUUCAGCCGCAAAGAAAUCACGUUGUUACAGCUGGCCAAUGAGAAAUCACUGCAGCAGAAGGGCAUCACUGUUAAACAGAAGAGGCAGAAUGUACAGUUAGCCGUGAACGCAGAUAAUUUCAGCUCUGAGAUCGUCAGUGCUAAGGAGAUCAGAGAUAUCUGGUCAUGGAUCCCUGAAAGAUUCGCUUUGUGUCAACCACAACUGCUCUUCACAACCUCCACACACGGCUGCAGUCUCAACAGGUUUUAUUCACAUUGCGAGGGACACGAGCCAACACUGCUGCUCAUUAAAACAACAGGCAGAGAGGUGUGUGGGGCCUUCCUGUCCACUGAUUGGGAGGAGCGGAAGAGGGGCGGGAACAAGCUCAGUUUCUUUGGCACUGGAGAGUGUUUCGUUUUCAGAAUGAAGCCAGAAAUGGAGCGCUACGAGUGGGUCAUCAUCAAACACCCGGAGCUGGCGAGCGCGGCCCAGCCCGCGGCCGAUGACCAGGCUGGCAACAGUUCACCCCUGAAUCUAGAAAAACCAGCCACAGAUCCAUCUCACCUCUCACCCUUCCUGUCUGCACGACACUUCAACCUGAACUCAAGAAACACCUCCAUGUUUAUGGCGGGAAACAUCGACUCCAUCAUUAUUGGUGGAGGGGACGGUAACGCUCUCUACAUCGAUUCAGAGCUGAACCACGGCCGAACCGAACGCUGCCUGACCUUUGACAACCCUCCUCUGUGCGCCGAGAGCUUUCAGAUCGCUCUCCUGGAGGUGUGGGGCUUCAAAGACACCAUGGAAUCGUAAGAACGGCUCACGGCAUGUGCAGAUCGAGAGCCCUGAUGGUUGUGUGGUGUUUGACGUCCCUUCAUGUAGGUGGUUGGAGCUUCAAUGCUUCUCUGUGCACUAAAACAAACAACCUGAGCUCCAGUGGGAAUCAAGUGUUUAAUGAGUAUAUUUAUAAAUGCAAGACUUGAUAUGUAUAAUUUAUCAUAAUGUAUGUCAACAUAUUUUAUUUCGGGUUUUUUUGUCAUAUAUCAGCAGACGGCAUGUGAAGAAAAGCUCUGAUGAAGUUCAGAAUAACAUCUAACAAUAUCUUUUAUGUGUGCUUCUUAAAACUGAUGUUAGUAAUGAUCAAUAUCUGUAUGAAAUGAGGACCAGAUCAGUAAAAUAUAGCUGGGAGACUUUGGUUUAACUAAAUCAGAGGAGUAAGACAGUGUGUCCUGAUGAGAACAGGGUGUCUUUUUCAAAGGUGAUUGAUUCUAGGUGUCUUUUUGAAAGUAUUCUGUGUUGCUUAUAACAGUAAAUGUGUGUGCAGUACUCUGCCCUUAGGCCACGCUGUCCUCUAGCGCUGGAUUGAACACAUGUACCCUGGUAAAUCUCAUGAAGAAAUGUCCUGGUCAUAUUUACAUCCUUUGUUUUUCUGGUAUCAUGACGGAUAUUUGUCAGUAGAUUCACCCACCGUUUGUUAAAAUGCAUACAUUCUCUAUUACAUCCCUCUCUGCACUGUGUGCCAACUAAAAGAGACAAAGAGAACUAAAAACUUUCUCACUCUUUAUAGACCUCCAGUUACGUUUGAUUAUUGAUCUGAAAAUAAAAUUACUUCUGGGAUGUUCACCCCCCCCCAAAAUA